AUACUAGUCGACGAGGAAAUGCACCUUCAUAAAAUGGGAUUAGCCAACUACAUCCAAGCAUUGGAGGAAGAAAAGAAGAAAAUCCAGGUUUUCUCCAGAGACCUUCCUCUCUCUCUUGAGCUUGUUACACAAGCCAUUGAAAAAUGUAUACAACAGUUAUCUGGAAGGGAGCGAAAUUUGAAUGGCCAAUCGGAGUGUUCCGCGCAGAUAUCUACGGAAGAAGACCUUGUUGUUGAAGAAUUUAUUCCUAUCAAGAAAACGGCAUCACCAUCUUAUUGCGAUGAAGAAGAUAAUGAUGACAACGACGAACAUUCAUCACAUAAGAUGAAAUCUGUUUGGCUAAGAUCAGUUCAGUUAUGGAGUCCCAACCCCUUACCUGCUAAAGAGACAGUACCUAGGAAAACAAGUGUUGUAGAAGUGAAAAGAAUUGGUGGUGCAUUUCACCCAUUCCACAAAGAAAAAAUUGCUGCUGAAAAGAGUGCACUAAUCACUUCACCAGAACAAGUACCGGCUACAAGUUCUACUGAACCAGUUGUUGAAGGCAGCAACAAAAUAGAGGAUAAAGGACAGAGGAAGCAGCGUCGUUGCUGGUCGCAGGAACUGCAUAAACGCUUCCUGCACGCCCUUCAACAACUUGGUGGUUCGCAUUCUGCCACCCCGAAACAGAUCAGGGAACUAAUGAAAAUAGAUGGCCUCACCAACGAUGAAAUCAAGAGUCAUUUGCAGAAAUUUCGUCUGCACACAAGAAGGAGCCUGGUAAUUCACAACAAUGCUAUUGCAAAUUCACAAGCAGCUCAUCUAUUCUUGGUGGGGAACAUUUACGUUCAGCCACAAGAAUAUGUUCCAAUAGCCACGACCGCGACCGCUACCGUGUCAGGGGAAUUGACCACAGUUACUACUCCAACGGGAACUUAUGCACAUCCUCAAGUCACCACCACAUUUAUAACGCCAAGGUUUAAGAAACAACACUUGUGUGAGAAUUCACAUUCUGAAGAAAGGGCUAAUCACUGUGAAGGGGUGGUUGUUCAAUCUAACUCCUCUGCCUCAUCAUAUUCUACUCAUACGCCUACAACUUUACUUGGCUGUUGAUUUUCAAGAUGCUGUUAAAAGUACUCAUUUUUUGUAGUCAUGUUGUAGUGCAAAAAUCCUCUCCUCUAAUGUUAAAAUUAUAGAGGUGAAAAUAUAGAGAAAUGAAAGAGAUAGUAUUUUUAUGGUAUCACCCUUCCUUGGCAAACAAGUGAACUUAAGUUUUCAGUUUUUAUAAUUAAAUAAUA